AUGGCACCCACAGGCAGUCUGGCCGAUGUGUCAAGACCGACUUUUGACUACAUCUACCACCACUUGUUUCUGCCUCGACAGCUUCCAGGCGCCGAUGACGCCUCGCCGAAAGGCGAUGCCUCGCUACUGGAUUUUAUACACCAAUCUCUAGAGCGAUUCCUGCCUGGGCGCCAAGAUGAGACAGCAAUCAAAGCCAGCAUUUCCAUGAUUGAUUUUCUAAGAAAAUCGAGGAGCCCGCAGGGACACUUGAAGGAAGCUGGCGUUCGCGAGGUUCUGCAGGAGCUGCUGGCUGAUGGUGGGCAUUUCAGACGCUCCGCUGCGUACGCAAAUCAGAAUGCCGGCGUUCUUAUUAGCAAAAAGCCUAAUACAGUCUGUUUUGAAACAUUUGAGCUGUCGCCAACAAAUGAGGCUGCCAUGUCGACGCGUGGCCGACUCUUGCGCCAGUUUCCUGGCAAUGCUGUCGAGGUCCCCCUGGGUGAAUUCAAAAGCGAUGCUUUUCGCGGCGUCUUGGUUAAAACUUUGACCAAAAUGAGCCAGCAGCCUUUGCGCGAAACGACGCAAGUACCUGACAAAGAGAGGCCCAACCCCGAGCAACAGCGACCGGAGCAGGAUGGGGUCCGAGAGACGGCGGACCCAAAAAUUGUGACGGAGCUCUUUACAAGCAUGCUUCGCGGAUGCGGCAACGAAGUCGCCGUUGAAGGCAUCUGUAAACAUACUCGGGAGGAUAUUGUGUGGAAGAGCGGGAGACUGCCAUGGCGACGUUCUUCUCUUUGGCUGCUCAUUAGAGUGGCAUUGCACUUGUCCAUGGCGCGGCUGUCGGGAGGAGAUGACAGGACUUACAAAGAGUUUAUGGCCUUCUUAAUGGCCGAAACACUUCAAAUCGCCAGUCACCAACAAAAGAUUGCUAGCGAUGUCCUGCAAACCAUGCUGACAAAGGUAUCCCGACGCCUCUGUAAGAUCCGGCUUCCUAGUCACGGACCAUGGCUAUCGAGCAUCCGUAAAAUUGUCGCCGACAAUUCAGAAACGUUACAUCAACGGUGGAAGACGAUACGUGAGCGAGAAGAGUCGCCGUUGGAUCUUGCAAAGCUGUCCGAGUUCAGGAUGGAAGAGAGCACAGACUUUUCACUCGUCAACAUGGAGAAGUUCCUUGAUACAAUUUCCUCACGAAGGACGGCAAGUCAUGAUCAAGUAUUUCAUCCUGCGUCGCAAACCAAUGAGCAGUCACAAGAUCAAAUACCGCUUUCGAAGAACUGGAAGGAAGCCGACUCGCCUUUUAGUCUUUUCCAGAUCGAGUCGUGGGUGGCUGACAACCUUUCGUCGUGGGUCGAUCAGCAUUUGAGGAGGCCGGACACUUGUGUGCAGGAUCUAAAGCUGCUCGUGGAGUUCUACCACGCCAAAGCCACUAUUUACUACUCUGGCCGCCCCGAAGGAGCAUCACGCAUGAUUCUUACAAUCGCAGACCUGUGGUGUGCUGCAGAUACGGUGACUGUGCAUGAGAUCCCCCUCCUGGCAAAUUACUUGCCCCCAAUUCCGACAAUGGUCUGGCAAGCAUUACUGCUCAGUUCAAAGCAAGAAAUGCAGAGACUGAAGAGUCUUGAAGAUUACAUGCUUCAACGUCAGAAAAAUGCGGAAAAACUCGAACGACCAUCCAUCUUUGGCUCGUUUGGGCUGCCUGGCUCGUUUGCGGUCGAAUUUUUUAGCAAGUCCGAAAAGCACCAAGAGAUUAAAUACGAAAUUGAGUCCGACGCCGCGCGUACAAGGCAGGAAAAGCGCGAAGAGUUUCGCAAAACCAAAGCAGAAUACAUCAGUCUAAUGCAAAAGCAUGCAGCGAUGGAUUGUGACGUCGUCACAAAGAAGCAACGGAAUACAUCGAUCCUGGCCCAUCCUUCUUCGUGCAAGCGCUGCCGUGUCGAAGCCAAAGCCAAAGCUCUUGGCGUACAAAUUCACGAAUGGCCUCUGCCACGGAGCGACCUCGAGGCCCAAGCGGCGGUGUUUGAGAUGGCCGCUCCUACAGCAUUUUCUGAAUGGCGCGAUCUGACCAUCUACUUCAUCAACGACGUACUAUUGAGCCAACCAAGACAAUCAUCUUCCCCGAGUACCACGUAUGCACUGAGAACCUAUCAGCCGGUCAAGCCGUGGUACACAUCUCACGGGCAUAGCCGAAUCCAUCUUCGAUCAGAAGACCAACCAAAUUCCAUCAUUCACAAACGAGCGAUACCCAUCGAGAGUGCUGCGGAAUCUGACGUUUGCCUCGACAGUGGCCUGCUAUACCGCUAUUUUGACGAGAAAUUAAACGCUUUCUUCAGUAAACUGGUCCCAACCGACAAAUUGACCACGGUCUGCACGUUCAAAUUUCCUCCGCGUGCCGAAUCUCUGAUCCGAUACCACCACCGCAGUUGGAAGGCUCCUGACGGAGAGUCGCCGAACGAAGUCAUCACGAGCCAAUACGCAUGUCCAGAGUGGCUCCCCCUCAGUGAGUUCAAAGCUCUUGCGGGUUUACCCUAUGGGCAUAGCAUACAAUGGAUGAGCAUCCUGUCUCAGCUCGCAAUGCCAAAGGUCGACUUCAAUAGACCCGAGACCGCCACUUUCAUCCUUCAAAUGUGCCUACAAAGCGGCCCGCAGUCAGCGGUAGUUCAACGCUCUACGCACUCCCGCCUCUGCGAUCCGAUCUUUGGGAGAAAACUAUUAGAGAGCUUGAAAAAGUGUGUCUCACGCGUGGGUGAGAAUUGGGAGUCUUACAUCGCCUUGUGGUCGUUCACGUCUUUAGCGACUCGAGCUCUGUCUCUAGCUCCCGCGAACUUGUCACAAUCCUUCCUGGGUCUUCUUCAAAAGAGUCGUGAGACCACCCACAAAUGGGUCCAAGACUUACUCCAGAAGGCAGAGGACACGAGUAACGAGGAAGAAAGAAAGGAGUUGCUAGAGACAGCUUUCAACUUGGCCUUGGUCUGUUCCGACUCCUUCAAUGUUUACGACGGCUAUUUGUCUCGGAUUCUGCAAGAUUCAGCAGAAGCCUCCAUCUUGGUUGAGUGUUCCAUCAUCAUCAACGACAAUGCCGCAUUGAAGAAGGAGGAUGGAGAUAUCCUUCAAGGCAUUAUGCUCGAUCGCUGGCGACAUUUGAUGUACCGAGCCAGACCAAUAUUGACCGAGCAGAAUGUGCAGGGGCAAUCUUUUCUAUCCGAUGCCACUCAGCGACGCUGGAGGUACUUCAAGCGCGACUGCUCUUGGACAAUGUCACCGAAAACCGACAGCUGGUACCAAACCUCCGUUGUUGGGAUGGAGGUUCAUCUGAACAUAUUGACUGGCGAGCUUCUGGCCAAUGGUAUGCCUCUGUCACGUCUUCCUGUGGGUUAUCAGCUGCAUGAUGAUUACAAGAGGGUGUUCAGGGACCUACUUCUUCAUGUAAUGCCUAGCAUGGCCCCUGGCAUGGCCUUUUGCACCACCCACCUCCUCUACGGCUACACGGUACAUUUCGGCCUGCAAGGAAAGGAUCUACUUAUUCGAUUGGAGAAUGAUGAUUCCUGCUUCGACUACGUCCCUCCUCGAGUUUUCCAAGGCUCGCUACCCGACGCUUUUGUCCAUGACUACGUGCACUGGUACAACAAUAAAACGGACGCCAUCGAAUUCUUUUCCCACAAGCAUCCCUAUCCAAUCAAGCGUGCAGAAUGGUGUCUUGGUCGAGAUAAAGGGCCCUGGAAAUUAUGCCAGAAUGAUACAGUCUUUCUUCUGACGCCCGCUAGUGGAUUCUCACAGCAUCUAUCAUCGAUCUUAGCGCAUCUAGAGUCACCCUUGAACCUGCAUAUGCUUUUCAAUGAGGAGAAGAGUCUUCUCGAGAUUCAGGUCCCUAGACUGCAGCUCCGGUUCUUCAUGCACAAUGGGGAAUCGGUCAUUCGGUCCCAGCAGUUUAGAGAUAUGCAAAUUGACGCAGACCAGUCAAUCGGCACGCUUGUUGGACUAAGAAGCAAGCUCGUGUUGCGAAGCAGUCAAGAUCCACCAAAGAGAAUGCUCAUUGUCCCCGAAGGUCAGGUCGAGUUCCGUAAGCAAGGAAGUGACGGAAUACAUGAUCAUGUCGCUGUGACUCUUCAAUUUGGUACCGCUCGUCGUGUCCAAGCCUACCAGGUGGACGAACUCCUUGGUAGGUUUGUGGCAAACACGAAGCUCGAGAGCAAGCUCUACCUCGCCUACGUCCAUGCUCUGACUUCAUUUUGCCUACCCGAUCCAUUACUUGGACGACGAGGCCUAGAAGAAUCCAUGAAUAUCCUUUGCUCCGCGUCGGUUCGCGCACCUACCGUGUGGAGUCCGGGCGCAUGCCAAUUGAUGAAGAAAAUCGCCGUACUUGCCCCGGCACGCCACUACCAUCCAGAGGGCUCAAAAGCAAUGCAGACAGUUGUCUGGUCCACACAUCUGAGCUCCUCGAGUCAAGAUGAUCGACUCUUCACAGUAACGCAACAGAUUUCCCAGCAAUCUUCCGUAAGCGAUUUCCUGUACCCGAAGGCGAAGGCUAGAACAGUCUCAGAGCCGCACACUACCCUGGAGCUAGCUCAACGAGCCAUCUCGCGAGACUGCAGCCGAGUUUCUUCGAACCCGGAGGAUGAAAGGAUUGGCUCAUAUUAUGUAUUGUAUCACGCGAGAGACCGUUCGAGGUCAGAUCGAGCGGUACGCGCGACUGAGGUGGCUACUCGCGCUUUCCGCGGUGAUCGAGGGCCCAGUCGCCUCGUAGCCGCCGGACUUGCAUCACACUUGUACAGGUUGAUGUCGACAGGCAAGCUGUCUAACCACAGAGGUGCUCCGUCGAAGCGCGACAUGGAAUAUGACUCGAUGUGGCUUCAGAAACCAGAUGCCUGGCUCUCGUCCUACUGGUGUCAGCUACACUCGGGGUUUCAACAAAAUCAGGAAUGGCUUCCCAGAAUGGAGCUCGUUGCAUGGAUAUCCACUGUCGCAUACUCUACCGAAAACGACGUGCAGAUUACCCAGGCUCUACUUAUGCUGGCGCUAUCACCUACUGUCGCAGCGGCUCCGUUGCCGGCGGGAGACGCUCACGACUUGUCCAGAGGCUUCAUCCUAUUACCUGCUGUCAUAGAAGCCUCGGCAGCUUUCAAAACCAAUACAAGCGCCAGAAACGGCGCAGACGUCAAAGGAGGCGCUCGGACGAAGAAGCCAGAAGGUAAAAAUGGAAGCCAGUUCCAAAAAGACCAUGGAAAAGACAAAAGAGACGCAGUAAACAUCUACCGCGAGAAGCUCACACGGCAAUGGCCCUGCCAGGCUCCCAAGCCGCCGAGCGACUUUCAUAUGGAGGCGUACAUUGACGUGGCACGGGCGAUGAAGUCUGUUCUUCCACCUUGGAAGAUGUGGUGGGCCAAUAUGAACUUUAAGGAAUAUCUUGCCGAGUUUACUACUGCCUUGCAGCAAUUAUCGAUGACACCCGCCGACGAUGGCCCUUUUCUGGCACCUACCGUUGCAGCUGAUUAUCGCACCGAGAAGAACGUUCUGGUCAUUGACAUUUUCUGUCGCGCAGCCCCCAAUAUCACUAGCAUCAAAGCACAAACUCUCGAGAAUUUGGUUCAAAAGGUCGAGGCCAAAGUCGGCGAAACGGAGAAGCUGGCACAAACCAUUGACAUUCUGGAUACCAAGACAAGCAAACAGUACGAACAAAAGUAUUUGAAUGCAUUGCGACAGAGCCUGUCAAGCUUCAAGACAUACAGCAGCAAUCAUCUGGCAGAAGGCAAGGAAUUCACCUCCAUCUUCCAACAACAUCUAGCACAAUGCAUGAGUCGCUACGGUCGAAUCUACACAUCUCUCCUCAGGGCUGUCCAGCCCUUUUCAAUUUCAGAGCCAUCCAGCCCUGACGAAAUUGUGUCAGCAGUAAUCUGUAUGGCCGGGUUUCAACCUAGAAUCUCCCCCAUCUUCUUUCUCCAGCAAUUGAAAGGGGCAAACUGGUCGAAGCUCUCCGUGGGCUGGAAAGACGCCAUUGUAGAGUACGGUCUCGCGAUUUCGGCCUUGCAGAAAGCAAAGCGACUGAUUCGAUUCCAAAAUGAUCCCGUUGAUCUGCUCCGCGAACUAGAAAACGGCGACCACACAGCCUGGAACCCCCACGAGUAUCCCGAGUGGCUGCUCCUCGAGUGCGAAAGCGACAUCAUGAUCCGACCGACCCAGACGCAGAUUGCGCGGCAAAUGAUUCAGCCCCCGAAUGGACACAAUGCCGUGAUGCAAUUGAACAUGGGAGAAGGCAAAUCCUCUGUCAUUGUCCCGAUUGUUUCCACAGCCCUCGCUGAUGGAACGAAGCUGGUUCGCGUCAUUGCGGCCAAGGCCCAGGCUAAGCAAAUGCUCCAAAUGCUGGUAGCCAAGCUAUCGGGACUUCUUGAUCGGCCAGUCUAUCAACUACCGUUUUCCAGAGAUGUCCGACUAGACACGGAGAAAGCCAACGCAAUUCACCAGCUGCUCGCCCAGUGUCAGAAGGAAGGUGGUGUCCUACUUGUUCAACCAGAGCAUCUUCUGUCCCUGCAACUGAUGGAGCUAGAACUCGAGCUGAGUGGCCAUUCGUUGAUCUCUCAAAAAUUAACGCAAAUUCGAAAAUCUUUUGACUACUCUUCCAGGGACAUUGUCGAUGAAAGCGACGAAAACUUUAGUGUAAAGUUUGAAUUGACGUACACGCUUGGACAGCAGCAAGCGUUAGAGCACAGCCCCUACCGAUGGAUCAUUGUGCAAGAGGUACUGAGUCUGGCUCGUCGCUUUGCGGCGGAAGUGGCGACUGAAUUUCCGCUUUCAAUGGAAUUCGACAAUCGUCGUGGCGAAAGGUUCCCGAGGAUACGCAUCUUGCGGCAAGAUGCAGAACAGGCCAUGUUUGACCGCAUCGCCGACUUUAUCUGCGAGACUGGCAUGACUGGAUUUCCGAUUGCGCGCCAGCCCCCAAAAAUUCGGAAUGCUGCGCGAAACUACAUUACGAAAUUGAAUUUGUCGGCCGUGGAAUGCCAGGAUGUCGAGCAUAGUCAGUUCUGGAACGAGUCAACAGCCAACCACAUCCUUCUUCUGCGCGGCCUCCUUGCCGGUGGUGUUCUUGCUUUUGCACUCGGUCGGAAGCGUUGGAGAGUCAACUACGGACUUGACCCCACGAGAGAGAAAAACACUAGGCUUGCAGUUCCCUACCAAGCCAAGGACAGCCCAUCUGCUCGCUCCGAGUUUAGCCACCCUGAUAUUGUCAUUGUGCUUACCUGUCUGACGUAUUACUAUGGCGGGCUCGACGACCAAGCAAUAUUUGACUCUCUUGAGCUUCUUGUCCGGUCGGAUAAUGCGGAGCUUGAGUACUCGGCUUGGGUACAGACAGCGCCAACUUUACCACAAGCAUACAGGCUUCUUCAAGGAGUCAACCUGAGGGAUCGGGUCCAGUGCUUGUCGGCGAUAUUCCCACAUCUGCGAUACUCCAAGGGUGCAAUUGACUACUAUCUGUGCCGCAUGGUAUUCAACAAGUCAUGCCAGGAGUUUCCUCACAAACUCUCCGCCUCAGGCUGGGACCUUGGCAAGACGAAGAGGUGCCCUACAACGGGUUUUAGCGGCACCAACGAUUCGAGAUAUGUGCUUCCUCUCGGGGUGAAGCAGCUGGAUCUUGUCGAGCAGAGCCAUACCAACGCGCUCGUAUUGAGCAAUCUGCUGCGGCCUGAAAAUAGCAUCGCAACGAUGCCCGAGGAGAUGGUGGGAACGACGUUUGACAGCCAAUCUCUUUUGACAUUGCUGUUGGCCAGAGAGUCCAAGCCGCGUGUCAUUUUGGAUGUUGGUGCCCAAAUCAUUGACCGCACAAACGUCGAAAUGGCAAGGGCCUGGCUUGGUCAUUACGACUCUGACGAAAAUACACAAGCCGUCAUCUUCUUCAACGACUGGGACGAAAUGAUGGUUCUGGAUAAAAGUGGCCAGAUUGACGAAUUGCAAACUUCGCCGUUUGCAGAUCGACUGGAACAAUGUCUUGUCUUCCUCGACGAGGUUCAUACGCGAGGCACAGAUCUCAGGCUCCCCGCCGACUACCAAGCAGUCGUCACUCUGGGUGCUCAGGUAACCAAAGACAGACUUGCUCAAGCUUGCAUGAGGAUGCGAAAGCUUGGACGAGGCCAAAGUGUGGUAUUCUUUGUCCCACGAGAAAUCGAGCACGACAUUGGCCUGCUCCGCGGCGACCAAGUGGCUGCAAUGCCUGAGAUAACCGUAUCGGAUGUUCUGUGCUGGGCCAUUACGGAAACGUGCAAGGAUUUGCGACGCGCAGUUCCACUGUGGCUCAAUCAAGGCCUUCGCUUCACCAAGCAGCAGGCUCUGUGGGCUGAUAUUGCUGAUCCAGAGGGCCGUACUGACCGGUUAGAGUGCGCCAAACAGUUCAUGGACGAAGAAAGCCAGAGCCUCGAGAAGCGAUACCGACCAAAGCAGGGUGGUGCCGAUAUUGCUUCCCUGAUUGCCGGCAUAGACACGGCUGCGGCAAACGAGUUUCAGAGCCGCUGUCUAGAGUUUGGCCUGGAUGCGCUUCCCGAAGCCUCCUUCAACGAGGAGCAAGAGCGCGAGCUCUCGCCCGAAAAGGAAAUGGAGCGUCGCGUCGAGAGACCACCCCGCGUCGAGCCCGCCGAGCAUCGCAUCCAUCCGGGUCUGCACGAUUUCAUCACCAACGGUGUGCAGACGGAUGCUCCGUUUCUGCCCGCCUUUACGACGCUCAAAGCGACUUCAGCCGCGCAUCACCUCGAAGUGGCCGAGUUUCCCCUCAACAUACUCGUGACGCAGGACUUUGCCGCCACCGUCCGUGAAACCGAGGGCCCGGACGCAAACACCGAUGCCUUUCAGAAACCCGUGCAGUGGAUCCUGAGCACGCAAAAGGACGCCAGCAUUCUCGUCAUCGUCAGCCCCUACGAGGUGCAGCAGCUUCUGUCCGUCAUGGAGCAAUCGUCAAACACCACGCUGCACAUCUACGCCCCGCGCGUCAACUUGGGCCACGAGCCGCUGGACACCCUGGACCUGUAUCAACUCUCGCAGGUCCGCGCACGGCAGGCCGUCUCGCGACACGCCACAAGCUGCCUGGGAUUGUUUGCCGGGCAGCUGUACCUAUCCUCGUUUUCCGACUAUGUGCAGCUAUGCGACGCGCUGGGCCUCGCGUGGAAGCCCGCCAACGACGAGGUCCUGCUGGGGCCUGACGGCUUUAUCCCGCCCGGAAUGCGUGGCGGCGGGGAUAUUGUAAAUCGCUCGGGAUUUUCCAAGAGCCCGGUGAGGUUCUUGACUGUGCUCAUUGCCAAGAUUCGACUGGAUAGCGAACAUUUUGACAAGACGCACAUGGGCAGAAUCUUGGCUGGAGUGAGGCUGCUCAAGAGUGAUUUUGAGUCCGCAUAA